GAUUGGAAUGUGUUCUAAAAGUGAUGUCACAGUAGCACUAGCCUACUGGUCAACUGUCAACUGAAGCACAUUUUCACACUUUCUCUUCAUUUCUUUGCUGACUACUUUCUACUGGCAUUCAUUGCAUUGUAGUUAUUUAGCAUUUGAAAAUGGGUGUAAACUUUUCAUGCGUUAAAUGUGUAGAUGUUUCUUACAAUGGAGAAAAUUUACAGAAAAAACAGAAACGCAAGAAGAAGGAAAAAACCAUCAAGACCAGCUCAUAUCAAGAUCAGACUUCUCAGCAAGUCACCUGUACCAGUGCUGUUGAAGUCCUCAUCGUUGCUGAGGACCCUGGUCAUGUACAAGUCGAUGAUGAGUGGAGUGACGCCGCCUUCCAGGCCUUAGUCGGUGAUUCGUCGGAAUGGGGUGCCGACGUCAUCAACUCUUUGAGCUGUGUCUAUAGUGUUGGCGUCCUCCAAGCCACAGUAUGUGCCACAUCUGACGAUAGCGUUCCAGUUCAAGAUGUGGCCUACUAUAGAGCAAAUGUCCCUCGAGUACCAGCCCGAGAUGUGGCAGACUGCAGCGUGGAUGUCCCCCAAGUCCCAGUGAGCACCACAUCAGCUCCAGGCUUGGAGACGGGUGACUGCUGUUUUGAUGUCCCUCCCGGUCCAGACCAAGAUGUGGCAGACUACAGCGUGGAUGUCCCCCAAGUCCCAGUGAGCACCACAUCAGCUCCAGGCUUGGAGACGGGUGACUGCUGUUUUGAUGUCCCUCCCGUUCCAGACCAAGAUGUGGCAGACUGCAGCGUGGAUGUCCCUCAGGUCCCAGUGAGCACCACAUCAGCUCCAGGCUUGGAGACGGGUGACUGCUGUUUUGAUGUCCCUCCAGUUCCAGUCUGUGCAAUAUCAGACUCGAGUGAUGAUCUCCCUCCAGUUACAUUCUGCGUCAGCUCAAGCUCUAGUGAUGAUCUCCGUUCAGUUCCAGCCUCGCCCUGGGCAAUAGAGGACUGUGAAUGUGAUCUCCCUCCAAUUCCAGCUUGUUCCUGGGCAACAUCAGACUCUAGUGACGAUCUCCCUCCAGUUUCAGCCUGGUCAAUAUCAGACUGUUUUGUCGAACGGACAUCUCAGUUGAAGCAAUUGGAGGAAAAUGAGAUUAUUAACGUCGGUUCCCACAGCUAUAAAAUCGUCAGGAAUCUCGGUGGAGGAAGCGUUUAUGCAGGGAUUCGCUUGACAGAUGGCCUUGAGGUGGCGCUGAAAAUCGCUGGCAACGUGGGUGUACAUUGGAUGCGCGUUGAGGAUUGUACUGAACUUGUUCCGAAGGAGAUCGCUCUGCUAAUUCGUGCCAAGAAAGGCAUCAAGGUUCCAGAGAUCAUCCAGCUUCUGGACUGGGUCGUAGAGCCAGAACGAUACGUCAUGGUUCUGGAGUAUCCAACACCCUGUGAGGACUUGGACAAAUUUCUAUGCCGCCACAACGGGAUCAUCGAAGAGAACAUGGCAAAGGUUAUAAUGUGUCAGGCAACUCUCGCCGCUCAGAUAUGCUGCCGACGGGGAGUGUUGCACCGUGGCAUAAAGCCGGAAAACCUGCUCAUCAACCCGAACUCCCUGGAUGUCAAGUUGAUUGACUUCGGCUGCGGCGAAAUCCUGUCUGAUGAGGGAUACACAAUCUUUGCCGGCACAAUAGAGCACUGCCCCCCUGAGUACAUUACCAACGGCGAGUAUCACGGGAAACCAGCAACAGUUUGGUCGCUCGGGUUGCUGAUGUUUAGACUGCUGCAAGGACGAUUUCCAGAGCAAGAUGAUUUGGAUGAUCUCAAUGAUAAUAACUGGGUCAAAGAUGGCUUGUCACAAGAAUGCUCCGAAUUACUAUGCUGUCUCCUGCAAAUCAACCCAGAGACGCGGCUUGAAUUGGACAACAUCUGUGUCCACGACUGGUUUACGUGUUCAAAUAAUCCACCUGAGGAUAAGACGGUUAUUGACGUCGGUUUACACAGCUAUGAAAUCGUCAGGAUGCUCGGUCAAGGUGGCUUUGGAAGCGUUUAUGCAGGGAUUCGCUUGACAGAUGGCCUUGAGGUGGCGCUGAAAUUCGCUGACAUCAUGGGUACAGAUUGGAUCUACAUUGAGGAUUGUCCUGAACCUGUUCCGAAGGAGAUCGCUCUGCUGAUUCUUGCCAAGAAAGGCAUCAGGAUUCCCGAGAUCAUCCAGCUUCUGGACUGGGUCGUAGAGCCAGAAAGAUACAUCAUGGUUCUGGAGUAUCCAACACCUUGUGAGGACUUGAUCAAAUUUCUAUGCCGACACAACGGGAUCAUCGAAGAGAGCAUAGCAAAGGUUAUAAUGUGUCAGGCAACUCUCGCCGCUCAGAUGUGCUGCCGACGGGGAGUGUUGCACCGUGACGUAAAGCUAGAAAACCUGCUCAUCAACCCGGACUCCCUGGAUGUCAAGUUGAUUGACUUCGGCUGCGGAGAAAUCCUGUCUGAUGAGGGAUACACAUCCUUUGCCGGCACAAAAGAGUACUGUCCCCCUGAGUACAUUACCAACGGCGAGUAUCACGGGAAACCAGCAACAGUUUGGUCGCUCGGGAUACUGAUGUUUACACUGCUGCAAGGACGAUUUCCAGAGCAAGAAGAUUUGGACAAUCUCAAUGAUAAUAACUGGGUGAAAGAUGGCUUGUCACAAGAAUGCUGCGAAUUACUAUGCGGUCUCCUGCGAAUCAACCCAGAGACACGGCUUGAAUUGGACAACAUCUGUGUCCACAACUGGUUUAACUAGUUUAUGAAAUAAAAUUUAUUUAUUAAUUUAUUUAUUUAUUCAUUUAUUCUCUUUACUCUCUUCCUCCAUAUCCACCUGCCAGUAUCCUGACUGCAAAUCCAAUGUGCUGAACCAGGUGGCGUCAUCCAUGGAUUCCAGGAUGUCAUGAAUAAGCAACAUUGGAUAAGCUUCAGGUAUGGUAUUGAAGCUUAAAACAGUUUUUUCCAAUAAAUAAAUGAU